AUUAAAUUUGGCACUCUUUUAAAGUAAGUUUAUAGACAUCCUCAUAUCACGUUUUUUUUCCAUGGGAUCUAGAAUUUUUAAUCAACUUGGAAAAUUAGGUAUUACCUUAGCCAUUGCAGGUGGGGUAGCAAAUUCAGCUCUGUAUAAUGUGGAUGGGGGUCAAAGGGCAGUUAUUUUUGAUCGUUUUGCAGGAGUCAAGCUAAAUGUAAUUGGAGAAGGCACCCAUUUUUUAAUUCCUUGGCUGCAAAGACCUAUAUUAUUUGACAUCAGGUCGAAACCUAGGAAUGUCCCCGUUGUAACUGGUAGUAAGGACCUCCAAAACGUUAGCAUAACUUUGAGGAUACUCUUCAGACCUAUACCCGAACGGUUACCCGAAAUUUACAAGAAUUUGGGCGUCGAUUACGAGGAGAGGGUUCUGCCAUCCAUUACUAACGAGGUCCUCAAAGCUGUAGUUGCCCAAUUCAACGCUAGCGAGCUUAUAACCCAAAGGGAACUGGUUUCCGGGGCAGUUAAUACCGAACUCACCACCCGUGCCGCUCGGUUCGGUCUCGUGUUGGACGACAUCUCUCUCACGCAUUUGACGUUCGGUCGAGAGUUCACCGAAGCCGUUGAACUUAAACAAGUAGCGCAACAGGAAGCGGAACGAGCUCGAUUCCGCGUGGAGAAAGCGGAGCAAACUAAGAAGGCGGCCGUUAUAGCUGCGGAGGGCGACAGUCACGCCGCGACACUUCUCGCCAAAGCUAUCGCGCAGAGUGGGGAGGCCAUAAUCGAGUUGCGGAAAAUGGAGGCCGCCGAAGAUAUUGCGUAUCAAUUGAGCCAGUCCAGGGGUGUCUCCUAUCUACCCUCUGGAAAUGCGGGGACCACUAAUAGUGGAAUCGGAUAUCUCUUGAAUUUACCGGCAUAGGAUCGAUUGGACCCCAUUUUUAUUAUUCCUGUUCUAAGGAUAAACGUGGAUCAUUUUUUGAAACUUUAUUUUAAUAAUUUCUAAGGUUUUUUAUAAAUCUUUUGUAAAUCACACUUGAAUUCUGCUUUAGUUAAUUUUUUUUUGGACAAAUUAAUUUGUGAUAGAAAAUCUAUAAUAACUUUUGAUCUCCUGUUUAAGAAAAAAAGUUAUAUAAGUAACCUUGAAUUUUUAUAUUCAUCACUAAAUUCCCCACAUUGAAAGUAUUCAAUUUCUUCUAUUAUUUUUUUUGAUAUUUAGGCAGCAUUCAUAGUGGGAUCUUAUCCGACACGAUUUAACAGCUGACCGAUUUUUAAAUCGGUUUAUGAGAAUCAAUUUUUCUUUAUUAAAACCAAUAUUUAUUAGGUUAUUAUCAUGUAUAGAAUUAAAGAUAAAAUUAAUAUUAUUUUAAAAAAUUGAUCUCAUUAACAGAUUUUAAAAAACAAUCAGCUGUGUCGGAUCGGAUCCCACUAUUAAUGCCGCCUUAAUCUUCAUUUUUGCCAUUAUAUUUAUAUCGUAAAAAUCGAGGCAAAAUUUUUUUCAAAGCAAAUUCUUGCAAUAUUGUAUUUUUAAUUUUUUUUUUCAAAAAAACUUGUUUUAUUUUUUUUCUGCAUCAUUUUAUAUAUUUCAUUUACAUCCGUUCGAAUUUAUUUUAUGAUUAUUUCCUUGUCAUCUUUUUUUCAAUUAUUUCAAAAAAAAUUUAUGAAAAUCAUGUAAGCAUAUAUAUUUUUUCCCACGUUUUUUUUAUAUAUACAUAUCGAGAUCGACUAAUUAUGUAAUAAUCA